AUGGAUCCCGAGACUACUCGGAUCGUGUUGAAGCUUCAACUGGACGACGUACACGCCAUCCUGAAGGCUUUGCCCAGCACUAGCAACGAUGGUGCCGUCAACAGCGAGCGAGUCGCUUUCGCCGCGCUCCGCGAUGAGCUCACAAGGAAAUGGCAAGAGGUGCACGGUCGUGUCUUCGCGCACAACAUGAUCAGGAAAGAAAAUGCAGGCCGAGAGUUGUUUCGGAAGCUCUUGAAUGAGGAGCAGCAAGCUGAACGUGACCAUGAUAUGGCUUGCACACUCGCUGGCCAGCCGGUACCUCAGCGUCCUGUGGUGUCAGUCGACAACGGCGUGCACAACAACGCAGCAGCACAGAGGCAGGAACCCAUCGACCACCGAACCCUCGCCAGCAACAACCUCCGAUUCGAUCUGAACGGCACUCAAAUUGCUCCAUCCAGGCUCGAGCCUCUCCACAGCAAGAAGCGUCCUGCUGAGGAUGAUGCGAGGCCAACUUCAGCAUCCAGCAACUUCAAGCGUGCGCGUGUUGACGAUGUGGAUGACGAGGACGGAAACUCUAUCACGCCGUACACGCACAACUCUACGCUCAAGAAGCGGACUGCUCGCGUUGAUCCAGCAACGCUCCGGGAGGAAGAUGACGGACGAACCAAGCGUACCAAGUUUAACCCUCAGGUCGACGCUGCUCCAGUUGCAGAUGCCACGCAUGUGCCAUCGUCUGAGACGGUCAAGCAAGAUCAUGCCCCGACUGGAGCUGAGCCUGAUCUUAUGGUGUCUCGGACAUGCUCUUCAUGCUUCGACAUGCACCCCAUCCGAGACACGAUCCAACUCCAAUGCAAAGGUACCGGCGAUGCUGAGCGUCACGCAUACUGCCGCGAGUGUAUCAUGGGCCUUUUCGAAGCUUGUAUCACAGAUUCCUCGCAAUUUCCACCGCGAUGCUGUAAUCAGACCCUACCGGUCUUUGCCUGCAUUCCUUUUCUGCCGCCCGCGCUCUUCGCUCGAUAUGUGGCCAGACGAGAAGAACUGGAGACGCAAAACCGAACGUAUUGCAGCAACUUCAUGUGCGCCAAAUGGGUCAGACCCUGCAAUAUCGCAGCAGGCAUAGCCACAUGCGUGAAAUGCGCCCAGAAGACGUGUGCCACGUGCAAGAAGAAGCAGCAUGCUGGUCUCUGUCUUGAGGACCAAGACGUCAAGAAGCUCAUGGAAGUUGCAAAGGCCAAGCGCUGGAAGACUUGCCCAAAGUGCAAAGAGAUGAUAGAACUUGAGGCUGGCUGUUACCACAUCAAGUACGUAUAA